AUGUCAAUUCCUUUUAAUUUUCAAUUACCAUUAAAUCACUCAACAACCAACAACCACAUUCUUUUAUAUGUUCAAUCGAACAGAAACAAAACAACAAAUUCAAUCCCAUUUUUCGAUCAUCAACCAAUCAUUUCCAUCAAUAACAACAACAACUCAUCAUCAUCAUCAUUCUCAUGUUUCAACCAUGUUGAAACAUUCAUAUCAAAUAACAACAACAAUAAUAACAAAAAUAUAAAAACAAUUAAUAACAUCAAUAACACAAGACCAACAAAUAAUAAUGAUAGCAUCACACCUCCAAAAAAUCGACCAUACAAUAAUAACAAAAACACUACCAAAUCAUCUUCAUCAUCAUUCUCAUGUUUCAACCAUGUUGAAACAUUCAUCUCUGCCAACAAACAAACAAAUAAUAAUAAGAAUAAUAAUUCUUCAUUAAUUCAUCCAACAUCCAAUCAUUACACUACUCCAACCAUUUCGACAACCAAUCAUUUUGUUCCAACUCCAUCUUUGUUCAAUUUCAACUCAUCCACAUUCACAUUAAACAAUCCAACAACAACAACAACAACAAUCUCAAUGUGUCAAAUAUCAAAGAGAAGUCCAUUUUCAAGACACUCCAACGUUUCACGAUUACAAAACAACUCGGUAACAAGCUCUGACAAUUUAAGCCAUUUUACUGAUUCCUCUUCUUGCCAAUCACCAAAUCAUUCAACAACCACCAACAAUUUUAAUUUAGAUCAGGAAGAGUCUGUUCAAUUGAACAGCAACAGCAAUACAAUCUCAUUUUCAUAUUUCAAUCAAUCAAUUCCCAUAGAUAAUAAUAAUAUUUCAUUCUUCAACGACCAUCAAUCAUCGAUUCCAUGUUUUAAACCUAGUGAUAUUUUAACUCAUAGUCAAUCACCACAAUUAAUAUUAAACUAUUCAACAACCAACAACCACAUUCUUUUAGAGUUUGUUCAAUUGAACAGCAACAGCAGUAGCAGCACAAAUUCAUUAACAUGUUUAGACCAUGUUAAAAACCAAUCAUUUCUUUUUAAUAGUAAUCAAUCAAAUAAUAAUAAUUAUUAUUCAUUAAUUCAUUCAUCCAUUUCUCCUAAUCAUUUCAACUCAUUCACAUCAUAUAUAUCAAAUAUAAUCAAUUCAACAAGAUCAAUUGCAAGCCCAUUUAAAUCAAGACACUCCAACAUUUCAAGAUUAAAAAACAACCCGGUAACAAAUAACAAUAAUAAUAAUAAUACCAACACCAAAUUAAAAAAUACAAAUAACAACAAUAACAACAACAACUCAUCAUCAUCAUCAUCAUUCUCAUGUUCCAACUAUGUUGAAACAUUCAUCUCAACCAACAAUCAAUCAAAAAAUAUUAAUAACAACAAUAACAAUAAUAAGAACAAAAAUAAUAACAAGAACAAAAAUACAAAAACAAAUAACAACAUCAAUAACAACAUCAAUAACACAAGAACAACAAACAAUAAUAAUAUUACAAUCUUUGCCGAUCACUUCAACGCAUCCACAGUCCAUAUUCACCAAUCCAUCCACAAUCGAUAUUCACCAAUCAAUCCACUCACCACCCAUCAAUCAUAUAUUCAUCUCCAAUCAAUCCACAAUCUUCAAUCACAAAUCACUCAACAAUCUGCAAACAAUUAA